UUAAAUAUUAUUCUCCUUGCUAUGUCACUUCCUGCCCAGAUCACCACUUGAUUUUGCUAAAAUCCAGCCCCCCUACCCCCAUCAUCUUAGAUACCUGCUUGCCCCUGCUCACCCAUGGGGAAAGAGAGCACACAACCUUGAAAGAGCCAUUUGAAAACAGGAAAGUACUUAAAUGAUUUCUAUCGACCCAAAGAAAUGUUUGUUUUGCUCCAGCCCCAUUAAUUAGGGGACCAGUAGGGAUCCUGGGGUUCAUAGUGAAUUUGGAGCUUGAUAUGUUUUGUACCCUGGAGCUGGGUUCUUUCAUGGCUCAGCUUUUCUACACAUCUAGUGAUCUGGUGUCCUGGGAUUUCUGAUAUGUGUGUUCACACAGCUUGUUGUGCAUGUGGGCAUGGACACUUCCACCAAGGCCAUCUUUCUGGAACAGUGUGGCAAGAACCGAAGUUAUCGGGAUACAGACAUACGAGGCUUCCAGCCUGAGGGUGGAGUGUGCCUCCCUGGUGGCCCGGAAGUGAUGCUGUCUGUUAUCAGCAUGAAGGAAGUCUGCCGACGUGUUUCUGUUGAGGAUGUUGAGGUGGCCUUUUCCCGAGAUGCGGGCAGGUAUGUCUGUGACUACACCUACUACCUGUCUCUGUACCUUGGAAAUGGGCACGCAGCCCUCCUCCACGUCCCUCCGCUGACAAACUGGCUCCCAGCCAGCCUCCUGGGCAAAGCCUUGCAAGUUAUCAUCCAAGAAAUGCUAGAAGAAAGUUGGGGAAUCCAGUCUCAAAAGUAUAGCAGCCAAAGGGAAGCAGCAGGGGGACCAAAGGCAGAUGCUUCCCAAGGGAUUAAAUAA